AUGACCGUGGCGGCGAGCCCAAAUGCCGUCCUAGUACGUGCAUUGACCGCGGUAGCGACGUCUCACCGCUUUGCACAUGCUCAGGAAGCACAAAUUCGCUUGAUGACGGCGUACACUCCAGAAUUAUUCGACUCGCGGGCAGCGUCGCAAUCUCAGCAGCGUCCGCUGCCGCCAUUCCGAUUGGCUCAGAGAAGAGGCCAGUAUGCUCCUGCCAGCUCAGAUGACAAGGGCGCGGUUGCCUCCUACGAAGGCUAUUGCAAAGGCUGCGUUUGGCCUUUCUUGCACUAUCGGGCGCUCGUGAACAACGGGGAGAAAGAGGAUGGAGCAAGAACCUGGCCAGCUUUCUAUGCCGCCAAUUUCGCUUUCGCCGAUCGGCUGACCGAAGUGUACAGGUCUGGCGAUCUGAUCUACAUCGACAACUGCCACCUCAUGUUCUUGCCCCGCUAA